AUGGUUUCUUGGACAGAUGGCGUGUGGUGCUGGAAUGUGGUUAGGGUGCAUGAGGUGUUAGGACGGCAAGCUUCAGUGGAGAUGACAGAGUUAAACACAAUGCUUGUGGAUGUGCAAUUAACUACUAAUGGUGAUGAUGAUGUUGUUUGGCCGUUUGAUGUAUCAAAAUGCUACACGGUCAGGUCGGGUUACCAACUACUGCUUCAACAGCAACAAGAAGGGGAGCUGGACAGUGGCAGAAGGCAGGGGCUGGAGUACAUAUGGGCAGCUCAGGUACCUUCUAAGCUCAAAAUAUUCUGCUGGAGAGUUAUUCUUGACAGGUUGCCAACGAGGAAUCAGUUGAUUCGCCGUGGAAUUAUUGCAAAUAAUCAUGAGGCCAUGUGUGUAUUCUGUGGUUUGUAUGUUGAAGAACCAGAUCAUAUCUUCAACUUCUGCUCUGAGCUGCGUGUAAUGUGGGAUAAAAUCAUGCGUUGGCUGGACUUUGACUCGUACGGGGCUGCAGAUUGUUGUGAACAACUAAGAGUGGGAAUUGCUGUCCUGGCAGGAAAAUACCAUUGCAAAAGGGCUGCAGCUAUAUGGAUGACAAUUUGGUGGUGUAUUUGGAAGACUAGAAAUAAUAUCAUCUUCAAUAACGCGGUUCUGGAUUGUGAUGAAUUAUUUUUUUCAAUUGUUUGGUACUCUUGGUGGUGGCUUGGUAUAGAAGCCAAAGAUAGGAUUAGAUGUAACUUUUAUGAGUGGUUUAAAAACCCAUCCUUAUGUAAGUGA